GAUGGAUCUUUCCUAGUAAGAAAAAGUUCUGGACAAGACUCAAAGCAACCAUAUACACUAGUUGUAUUUUACAACAAGCGAGUAUAUAACAUCCCUAUUCGAUUUAUUGAGUCAACAAGACAAUAUGCCCUAGGCAGAGAAAAAAGUGGUGAGGAG